AACACACAUUCACAACACAAGUCACAAACCCCACAUUAGAUCUCAUCAAAACAAUGUCACCCCCACCAUUUUUUUACCUUCUCUUUCUCUUCCUCUUAGCAGCACCAUUACUCUUAGCUCAAUCUCAAUCUCAAUCUCAAACUCCACCUUCUACUUCUACUCCUUCUCCUUCUGUUGCAUGCAAAGGCACACUAUAUCCAAAACUAUGCCGUUCCAUCAUCUCAGCCAUUCGUUCCUCACCUUCUGACCCUUAUGGCUACGGCAAGUUCUCCAUAAAACAAAGCCUGAAACAGGCAAGGAAACUAGCCAAGGUGUUUGAGGACUUUCUCCAACGCCACCAAUCAUCAUCAUUGAACCAUGCUGAGAUUGCAUCACUUGGUGACUGCAGAGAUCUCAACCAACUCAACGUGGAUUACUUGGUGUCAAUCUCCGAGGAGCUGAAAUCUGCUGGCUCAUCAGACUCAGAACUUGUUGAGAAAAUCGAGAGCUACCUCAGUGCUGUGGCCACGAACCACUACACGUGCUAUGAUGGGUUGGUUGUGACCAAAAGCAGCAUUGCCAAUGCUCUUGCCGUGCCACUCAAGGAUGUGACGCAGUUGUACAGUGUGUCACUUGGGUUGGUCACUCAGGCUCUUGACAAAAACCUCAAGAGGAAUAGGACCCGCAAACAUGGUCUUCCCACCAAGGCCUUCAAGGUUAGGCAACCACUUGAGAAGCUCAUCAAGCUUCUUCGCACAAAGUACAGUUGCUCCAAAUCCAAUUGUACAAGACCUGAAAGGAUUCUUAAGGAAAGCGGAAGCCAAGGAAUUUUAUUACACGACUUUGUGAUUGUGAGCCAUUAUGGAAUAGACAACUACACCUCCAUUGGAGAGGCUAUUGCUGCUGCACCCAAUAACACAAAGCCUGAAGAUGGCUAUUUUCUUGUCUAUGUUAGAGAGGGAUACUAUGAGGAAUAUGUAGUUAUUCCCAAAGAAAAGAAGAAUAUAUUGCUAGUGGGAGAUGGUAUUAACAAGACUAUCAUCACAGGGAACCAUAGUGUCAUAGAUGGUUGGACAACUUUCAAUUCUUCCACCUUUGCUGUUGCUGGAGAAAGAUUUACAGCAGUGGAUGUCACAUUUAGAAACACAGCUGGACCUGAAAAGCACCAAGCAGUGGCAGUGAGGAACAAUGCUGACCUCUCCACAUUCUACCGUUGCAGCUUUGAAGGAUACCAAGACACACUCUAUGUUCACUCUUUGAGGCAAUUCUUUAGGGAAUGUGACAUCUAUGGCACUGUGGACUUCAUUUUCGGCAACGCAGCAGUGGUCUUCCAAGACUGUAACAUCUAUGCCAGAAAACCAUUGCCAAACCAGAAGAAUGCUGUGACAGCACAAGGAAGAACUGAUCCGAAUCAAAACACUGGCAUUUCAAUCCAAAACUGCACAAUUGAUGCUGCACCAGACUUGGCAGCAAGCUUGAAUUCGACGCCGAGUUACUUAGGCCGGCCGUGGAAGGUGUAUUCAAGGACUGUCUAUCUGCAGUCAUACAUUGGAGAUGUAAUUCAUCCUGCUGGAUGGCUAGAGUGGAAUGGUACAGUUGGGUUAGACACCCUCUUUUAUGGUGAGUUCAACAACUAUGGACCUGGUUCUAACACAAGCAAUAGAGUACAAUGGCCUGGUUACUUUCUGUUGAAUGCUACUCAAGCUUGGAACUUUACUGUCCUUAAUUUUACUCUAGGAAAUACAUGGCUUCCUGACACAGAUAUUCCUUACACUGAAGGACUACUGAGAUAGACAACUGAAAGUUUAGAUUGAAAAAAUAAAUUUGAUUCAUUAUUUGUUAGAUGUAAUGUAACUAUAUGGUUUUCCUUCUAAGCAUCCAAAAGGGAUGAGAGGCAUAAAUGUUCUGAUGAAAAUUCAAGUCUUAAUAAGAAUAUGUACAAGUUAUCUGAAAUAAUAUUUUGGAAAGCAUUUAGGAAA